AUGGCUUCUACUAAAGCUUACGAACUUAGGACAAAAAACAAAGCUGAGCUCCAGCAAUUGCUCGAAGAGCUCAAGCAGCAGCUAGGCACCUUAAAGGUUCAGAAGGUAGCCGGUGGUGCUGCCUCGAAGCUGACCAAGAUCCGUGAAGUUCGUAAGGAUAUUGCACGAGUCAAUACAGUGACGUCUAUUACCACGCGAGAUUAUCUUCGUAAAUUCUAUGCGAAGAAAGACCCGAAAUCAUCAUAUUCCAGAAAAUAUCUCCCGCUCGAUCUUCGACCAAAGAAGACUCGUGCCAUUCGUCGUCGAUUGACAAAGCAUGAACUAUCACUGAAGACAUUACGAACUCGCAAAAGAGAAGCGGCCUUUCCUCGUCGCACAUAUGCCGUUAAAGC